AUGAGCAUAAUAGAAAAGAUGCGACUUAAUAGAUUAAAGUUUUAUAUUUCAGAAAAUAUAUUACCAAGAGAUAAAAAAGACAUUGUACACAUCUGUUUAAGUAAAAUAGAUGCCAUUAAAGCCUUCCUUAGAGAGAAUUCCUAUGUUUUGUUUGUUUCUAUAUUAAUUGUAAUAAUCAACAUAUUAAUACUAGUAAUAGUACAACAAAGGGGACAAAUAUUACAUAAAGCUGAAAAAGUUGAUGCCGAGUGCAUGACUGAUUCCAUUCAAACCACAGGAUUUGGGGCUGUGACUAACUCUGUGCCUACUAUUAACGAAAUGCCAUUCCAAACUAAAACUGGUGAUAUAAGUGAAACUCGGCCUAAAUUAGCUAGAUCUGCCUCUUUUAAUGCUCUGCCAGCUUCUGAUAGUGAAGAUGGCGCUUCCUCAACAAGAAAUUUAGCUAGAAGAUGGGGAAGUGAUGGAAAUUUUGGGACUUUCCAGCAGUUACCAGAAAAUGACAAAAAUAUAUUUUCUGCUGCCAACGGCCAAAAAAGAACUAUUGGCACACAAGUAGAAGAAAAAGAUCUUUUAACUGAUUUAAAUGCCUCUGCAUGCACUGAUUCUAGCAAAAAGUCUCAAAAUAAAUUGACAGGUCAAUUUAAAAAAUUUGGUAAAUCUGUAAAAACCAAAGCUUUAAAAAUAAUACUAAAGGAACCUAAAAAUAAAAAAUAA